AUCCCUUACAAUUCAAAAGUGAACCGGUGGAUAUAACAUCCGCACCAUGGCAAGUCUCGGUGCGUCUUAAGGCCAUUGACUUGGAAUAUUAUGGUGAUGGACAUAUUUGCGGUGGUUCGGUGAUAUCUCAACGUGUGGUGUUGUCCGCGGCUCAUUGUGUCGUCAGGGAUGACGAUGAACCCGAAGGUGACAACUCCGAUAAUGACAAUAUUAUCAAAUAUCGAAAACCCGAAGAUUUCACCUUGGUCAUGGGUACUGACUUACUAACAGAAAUUUCGGCCUUCACCCUGCAAUACGAUGUGCUGCAAAUAGCCGUUCACGAAGCAUUUGAUAUGCCAACUUUGGUGAAUAAUAUUGCCAUGUUCUUUAUUAAUGGUCAUAUACCCUGGUCCUGGCCAACUGUAAAGGCCAUACCAUUGAGUAUCCAACCACAAUUGGAUGGUGUGUUGUGUUCCACCUCGGGGUGGAAUAUUAGUGCGGAAUACCCCUCCCCUCUGCUGAAAGCCAUCCUGCUGCCCAUUGUGGAACCGAAAAUUUGUAGUAAAUUUUAUGGUGAUCUCACCACAGAUCUCAUUUGUGCCGGUUACGAGGAGCAUGUACCACAUGAUUUUUGUGAAGGCGACUCCGGUGGCCCUCUGGUGUGUUUGGGCCAUUUGGCUGGCAUUAUCCUGGAGGGUAAUAGCUGUGCCCGCACCCAAUAUUUGGGUUUAUAUGUCAAUGUCCUGUAUCAUUACAAUUGGAUUGUGGGGAAAAAUAAGACAUUCGAUUAUAGUUAUUAUGAGGACUAUGAAGAUGAAAUAACGGUGACGGGUGCAUCGGAGGAGGAUCCGAUUUUGAAAAAGGAGGAUACACUUUCCGAAGAGGUUUUGGUGUCGACAAAUAAGACAUAUAAUUAUUACGAUGAUGAUGAUUAUUUCGAGAAGAUCAUAUCGGAAUAUACCAAGGGGGAGAGGAGCUAUGCCAAUGUGGCAACAAGGAUGGAGAGGUGGAUUUGGGCCACUGUUGUGGUCAUACAAAUUACGUUUUAUGUUAAAUAA